UAGUCGUUGUAAAAUGGAGGAUAAGGGUGAAUACAAAGUAAGAGCAGAGAACUCUUUCGGCAGGAGAGAGGAGGUAGCUCUGCUCAAGGUUGAAGAGUUGAAGAAGAAUCCAUUACAAGAGAUACAACUCCCAUGGGAACUCCACGGCAGAAAGCCUUGGAGGAGAUUGAGGUGGAGUUACCUCAAGACGAGCCUCCAGAUUUCUCCUUCUCCCUCAGACCUCGCGUCAUCCAGGCAGGUGUGGGCUUCAAGCUGCUCUGCUGUGUACAGGCCAGGCCACAUCCAAAGGUGACCUGGUAUAAGAAUGGGCGCGAGCUAAGAAGUGAUGACCACUAUGACAUCAUCUACUCCAGUGGAGUCUGUUCCCUGGAGGUGCUCAAUGCCGAGGUGGAGGACACCGCCACAUACAAGUGUAUUGCCAUCAACGAGCUGGGAGAAGAGGAAACCAGCUGCAGAGUUGUUGUGGAAGAUUUUGGGAAGAAGGCAAAAGAACGUUUCCAGAAAAAACCUAAGGGUUUGUCACAAGAGAAAGACUCUCUUCUAACAACUGGUGUGUCCAGAAGUGUACGUCGUACAAAGUCUGGUGCAAUGAUGGAUGAGUUUGAGACGGAUGAUGGCAUGUCAGUCCGGCACUCCAAGAGGACAGAGGAAUACUUUUGAAGAAUCUGUGUCUAGCAGUAGAAAAUAACA